CUCCUACCCUCGCACAAACGGACAAGCCUCCCCGCACUCGAUAGGUGGGGCGUCGAGGCUGACGCCGACGACCAUGGCCGUCUCCAUCACCUUCGCUCCCUCGCACCCUUCUCUCCGCUCCGACUCCCUCCAUCUCUCCACUCCCACAAACCCGUCCUCGUUCUCCGAAACCCUAGCUCUCGAUCGCCGGCGGCUUCCAUGAGCGUCGAAGCCCCAAAAAAGUCCCCCGAUGCCUCUUUCUUGGAUAGGAAGGACUCCGGCCUUUUCCAUUUCGUCAAAUACCAGGGUCUCGGCAACGAUUUCAUCAUGGUGGAUAAUAGGGAUUCCUUGGAGCCUAGGGUUACUCCCCAACAGGCCGUGAAGCUCUGCAAUCGGAAUUUUGGGAUUGGUGCUGAUGGUGUAAUCUUUGCAUUGCCCGGGGUCAAUGGCACCGAUUACUCCAUGAGGAUCUUUAACUCGGAUGACAGCGAGCCCGAGGCUUUGGAGGUGGAUGACUUAAAGCUGGGAGAUAUUGGUCCAAAAUUUGAGCACCAUGAGAUGUUCCUUGAGCCAAGCUCAUAG